GCGCAGUAUGUCUCAGAGUAACAAACAGCUAGAACCUAAUCUAGCUUCUCUCAGGAGCCAAACAGUGACAACCAUUAGGAUCCAACCACUCAGAACCGGACCCUCUGCGGGACACCAGAGGCAGAGUAGGCGGGGAUCGGUGCUCAAGGAGUCCGGGAGUCUGUCUGCCUGCAGACGGUGACACGAUGCGGAAUGAAGCGACCAACAGCGCCUCUAACAACGGACGGUAAAGCACCGAGUCACCGCCGAGCUCUAAAACGAGAUUAUUUCAAACCGAACCUCUGAAAACAAUCCGUGGUUCCACCGGGAGAGGCUUCCAGGAAACACGAUCCAGAUGUUGGCCUGGUGAUAAUGCUCACGGUCGUUCUGAUGUCCCCACUUCACCUGUCAGACUCAACCCAGGGUUUACUGGGACAGGCCCAGGACAGACACAGGAUCCAAGAAGAGGAUGCACAUCUGGAGGGCAUUUAAAGACAAAAACACUUGCCUGUAGGACGUCCCUGGACAUACUUAAUCACCUGGUGGACAUUCGGAGACAGAGUUCAACAUCUGGAUGACAUUCAAUGACAGAUAUUACAUCUGGAGGACAUUCAGAGACAGAAACAUACAUCUGGAGGACGUUCAAAGACAGACUUUACCUGCUGGAGGAGACCUGGAGACGGACAUAACAGCUGGAGGGCAUUAACCGACAGAUUUAACAUCUGGAGAACAUACAUUUUCGAUGUGACAGUCCAGAACAAUAACAUGGCACACCACAAGUGGACCUGUCUUCCUGUCGCAGUGGUUCUGGUACUGGUCCAGAUUGUGGUUCAGGCCCACUUCGUGUUGGCGGCUCGCUCUGACAAGAACUUUUCCGAGGAAUACGUCGACGCCACCGUGAACGUCACCGUGUUGGAUUCACGAGGAACCACAGUCCAUGUGAUGAGCAGUGAUGACGGGACGUACGGACAGAACUCCCCCAAAGUGGACACCAGGGGCGUGAUCAUCGCACCUGCGCCGCGCCACGGAGUGGUGGACCGUCAGGGCUGUGAUCCAAACACCCGUUUUCUGGUUCCUCCCCGGAUCGUCCACUGGGUAGCGCUGCUGCAGAGAGGGAACUGCACUUUCAGAGAGAAGAUCCUGAAGGCCAUUACUUACAACGCCACGGCUGUCCUCAUCUACAACAAUUCCACCGAGAACACUGUCAAGAUGGGCCACGAAGGUACUGGUGACAUUGUGGCUGUGAUGAUCACUGAAGCCUAUGGUAAAGAGAUUUUGGCUCACCUGGAUCGGAACCUGACGGUUCUUGUCUCUGUGUUGGUGGGUCAGCGUGGGUCCACCAAGAACAUGAACCGUGGCUCUCUGGUCUUCGUCUCCAUCUCCUUUAUUGUCCUCAUGAUCAUCUCUUCAGCCUGGCUCAUCUUCUACUUCAUCCAGAAGAUCCGUUACAGCAGUUCCCGUGACCGCAGCCAGCGUCGUCUCAGUGAUGCAGCCAAGAAAGCCAUUGGGAAGCUGACGACACGGACAGUGAAGAAAGGAGACAAGGAAACCGAUUCGGACUUUAACUACUGUGCCGUGUGUAUUGAAGCGUACCAGCUGAACGAUGUGGUUCGAAUUCUGCCCUGCAAACAUGUCUUCCAUAAGGUGUGUGUGGACCCAUGGCUGAACGAACACUGCACCUGUCCCAUGUGCAAACUCAACAUCCUCAAAGCUCUCGGCAUUAUGACCAGUCUUACUUGUGUGGACACCGUGGUGUUGGACGUGGAGCGUCUGGGUGUCGCUCAGCCACCCAGCAGCCAGAGGGUGCCACUGAACGACAGCAGCCAGCCGUCCAUCAGCCUGGAACCGCUCAGUCCCGCCCAUCCUGACACCACGCUCAGAACACCUGCUGACAUCACUGUUGCUGUUACCAGUGGGGGCCACUUCUUCAACAGGAGCUCUGUGUCUCCUCGUAACGUGAUCUGUGAGAUGGAGCUGCCGGACAUCCAGGCUUCCCUCGAUCACUAUGACGACAAUAAGUCCUGAGACCAGUCGCCACGGUUACAGCCUCGCACUCUCAACACCAAUCUGCCUGCUGAU